AUGUGCUCGAAAUUCUCCAGAACCUUCUUUCUAUUACUAACAAUCCUCGUCUGUACACUUAUGAUCUUCUCAAUGGCACCUCGAAUGACGAUGAGUUUUUGGCGUACGAGAGAAGCAAGAGUGUUAUGGAGAAGGCCUGAAACUGAACACUUGGAUUGUGGUAGGAUAUUGGAAAAUGAUAAAAGCUAUAUAGAAAACUUUGUUGGAGACAAUCGAAUACCUUUGGUCUCAAAUUUAAAAUACAUGGAUAUGUCUUGCGAGGCAAUUCAAAAUCGAAUUAUUCCAUUCAAUUUCCGCUUACGACCUUUAAAACUUGGAGUGGUUUUUGCUCGAGUUGUCUACAAGGACUAUGAGUUUCUGGAGAAACAAGUUCAGAUGUCUUAUCAUCCACAGAAUGUGUUUUGUUUUUUUAUCGACUCGAAAAGUGAUUAUGACUUCAAAUGGAGGAUACGAAGGCUUCGAAGAUGUCUACCAAACGUUCAUGUUUUAGAUGAAGAGCUCCCAAUAGAUUCAGCUGGUCAUAAUAUGAACUUGGCUCAUUACAAAUGUAUGGAAAAGAUGAUAAAACUUGCAAACUGGGACUACUUUGUUCUGAUGCAGAAUCACGACGUCAUUGGAAAAACGGUCUACGAAAUUUCACGGAUUUUCGAGAUCCUUGAUGGAGCCAAUGAUAUUGAUAUUGAUAAGGAAUUCGGUAGAGUUGAGGAGAGAUUCGAAUGGGAUCUGAAGAAACUUCGACUGUUUCGAGAUGAAUCAAGUCUUUCUUCCGGUUUUCUGAACCACACGCUAAGACUAUCAAAAGGAUCAGUUCAAGGAUCUUUAUCGCGAGAAGCAGUGGAAUGGAUGGUGAAGACAGUAAAUCCAAAGAAGUAUCUGGAUCAAUGGAAUGAGGGGUCUUACGGCGUCGACGAGCAAUGGAUUUCAACAUUUCAAGCCAAUGAGUUUUUGAAGAUGCCUGGUCAUUUCACGGAUAAGUGUUUGGUUGAAACUGGAAACAAAAUUGAUUUUAUCACAAGGUGGAGUAAGUGGUCCUGGUCAGAUGAAAUCGGCGAGAAAUGUGGGAGUAAAUAUGUUAGACAUGGCGUAUGCAUAAUGGGAAUUGAAGAGUUGCCAGUGAUAGCACAAAUGCCAAAUAUUAUGUUUAAUAAAAUGAUGCCAAUGUUCGAUUACGCCAUUGUGGAAUGUACAGCUGAAUUGUUAUAUAACAGAACAUUUUUAGGGCAGGAUGAUCAUCCAUUAGAAGAAGAAUAUUACGAAAAUAUGAUUAAUGUACAUUAUCAUAAGCAUCAUAUGGAGCCAGACUACGUGUUGAAUUGUACACCGGGUUAUGAAAUUUGGAGAUCUAGGAAAUACCCAUUAUGA